AUGCUAUUAAGAUUACCAUUUGUAGUUUUUGCCGUUGGGGCUGUAGCGGCCCCCUCUCCGCAGAGCCUGAACUCGAGUUUGACGUUGCUGAUUGAUAAUGAUCUACAAGGUGUUAGUAGUCCCGUAUCCAACUCAGGCGUCUUGCUACUCGAAGCGCGGUCAUUAAAACACGCCCGUGAAACAUGCGAGGCUGUUGGCGAACAGCUCUGGUCGCUUGAAAAGGGGACAAAAAGUAUCCAAGCCAAUUUGGAUUAUCUCAAAUAUUCAAAUCUGGAUUUGGGUCUCUCGAAGUUCUGGAUUGCUUCGAAGAACCAGUCGGCUCGGGCUGUAGACAUUGACGGCCAUGUAGUCCAGGAAAACCCGGAUACGAAGCUCCCGGUUCUAUGCUCUCAAUCGGCACCGUUUUCCAAUGUGACUUUCCAGGAUACGGGGGAGAAAUGGCAGGUCAUCGUGAAGUCCAACAACGAAUCCUUGACAGGGUAUCGCGAUCGCCUGAGCUUCCGCUUCUUGGGAGUCCGGUACGCGCCGCAACCCAAGCGGUUCACAUACUCGGAGUCUUACGUCGGUAACGGGAGUGAAGUUUCUGCGCUGGAGUAUGGCUCCCAGUGCGUGCAGGCUGGGAACAUCGGGUCUGAAGAUUGCUUGUUUUUGAAUGUUUGGACUACUCAUAUUCCUGGCCCCAAAACCGCCAAAAAGCUCAAGCCAGUUAUGUUUUGGAUCCACGGGGGCGCAUUUAUCAACGGAGCGGCAAGUGACCCUACCUUUGACGGAGGCAAUCUAGCCUCGAGGGGCGACGUUGUCGUGGUCACCGUCGGAUAUAGGCUGACAACACUCGGAUUCCUAGCUCUGAACGACGGCGUCACCAACGGUAACUUCGGUCUUGCCGACCAGAUCAAUGCUCUGGAAUGGGUCCGGAAGAACAUCAAGGAUUUCGGCGGGGACCCUGAUAAGAUCACCAUAUUUGGCCAGUCCGCCGGCGCGGGCAGCGUCCACGCCCUGAUAGCCUCCCCUAAAUCGAUCGGCAAAUUUGCAGGGGCUAUUCCCGUCAGCAAUCUUGCUAGCAACGACCCGAGUAAAGGGUAUACGAGGUACUAUACCAUCGAGGAAGAAGUCGAGGCGUUAGGAAAUACCAUCCUGGAAGAAACCGGCUGUGCGAAUGCCACGUCCCAGGUAGGCUGCCUGCGAUCUAUAUCCCCCCACGUCCUUGCGGGUGGCUUGAGCACCUAUGCGCGGUUCCCGGUCGUCGACGGCACGUACCUCACGUCCGACAGGCUCCCGCUCGAGGGCCCGACGCUCCCCGUGCGCAUCAUGACGGGGACCACGCGCGACGACGGGGCCGCAUUUAUCGGGUUCCCGACGACGACGACGAACGCGACGGCGUACUUCGAAUCCCAGGGCUACGCGGUCCCGCCGCCCGAGCUCUUCCCGAUCCCCGACCUGGCGAACAAGUCCCUGGCGCUGUUCGACAUGGCCGCGCGCCUCGUCACCGACAGCAUCUUCCGGUGCGGCGGCCAGGCCGAGAUAAGCGGGGGCCUGCGGAACGGCCGGUUCCAUCCCGUGUACUUCUACGAGUUUAACCGCACGUACCAGCUCGCCGGGUGGCCGGGGCUCGACGUGUGCUCGCCGCCGAAGACGGCGGGCCGCCCGCACGGCGACCCGGGCGCCGAGUACCGCAAGUGCCACUCGGGCGAGCUGUACUACGUCUUCGGCAACCUGGUCCGGCAGGGGCUGCCGCUGCGGGACGAGGCCGACCUGCCGUUCCAGCAGUUCGUCCUGGACGUCUUCAGCUCGUUCGCGCGGACUUUCGACCCCAACCCCGCCGCCAGGUUUCUCCAAGCGAGAGGGUUUCGGAGCACGUUCGGGGAGAUCGGACGCGCGGGGCGGUGGGAGCCGGCUACGGCGGAGGGGGGGAUGACGAGGAGGAUCUUGCAGUGGCCGAGCGCGCAGGAGCCGUUUGGGGAGCGGGAGCAGUGCGAGUAUGUGGGUUUGCCUUGGAACUAG